AUGUCCGCCGCGCGCGCGCGCGUGGUCGCCCACGCCGCGCCGAGGCGCGCGCGACGGAAGGGCGAUCGUCCCAAGGGGGCGCCCGCGACCACGAUCGCCCCGGCCGAGUGCUCGGGGAUCGCCGAGGAUCACGCGCUGGAGCAGUUUUUUUAUAGCGACGAGACGUUGCGGCGAUUGUUGCGCGUGGCGAAGCGGUACGAGCGGCCGCUGUUCGUGUGUAAUCCCACGUUGGCGGUGGCGUGGGAGCGGGAGGUGGGCGAGACGUGCGUGCUGCUCGAUUGCGACGUGCGGUUUAAGGGAUUGGUGCGCGGGUUCAAGCGGUUCGACCUGCGACGGCCGGUGUUGAUGACGAAGUACGCGUACGACGUCGUGUUCGUGGAUCCGCCGUUCGCGAACGUGAGUCCGAAAGAGUUGAAAACGUGCUUGGACAUGAUCGCGGGGACGGUGGCGCAGAGAGAGGCACCGGUGUACGUGGCGUUUAACGCGGAUAGGGAGGAGGAGUUGGACGAAGCGUUCGGCGGGACGUUGACGCGCGUGGAGGGCCGAGCGCUCGGGUAUAAGAGCGUCAAAGAGGCGAUGCAGGAGAAGAUUUGGCUCUUCGGACCGAAGAUUUAG